AUGCGCGCUGCUCUCAUCUUUACCCUCCUCGCGGGCCUCGUGUCGGCCAUGCCCGGCGACGACUUCCCGUCCGACAACGGCAACGGCAACGCCUACGCCAAUGGUCUCCAGAACGGAAACCACAACGGCCACGGAAACGGCAAGGGCCACGGCAGGAAGUGCAAGCCCAAGCAGCCCAAGCCCACCCAGUCCGAGCAGCCCCAGGUGUCGCAGGCUCCCUCUGAGAGCGCCGUCUCUCCUUCCGCCACCGAGCCUGCUGUCACUGAGCCUGCUGUCACUGAGCCUGCCGUGACUGAGGUUCCUUCCUCUUCUGAGGCUGCCGAGAGCUCCGCCGCCUCGGAGACCCCCUCCGAGACCGAGCCGGCUGUUUCGCAGUCCUUCACCUCGUCCGCCCCUGCCUCGUCCGCUCCUGCCUCGUCUGCUCUCGCCGAGUCCGCUCCCGCUGAGGCCUCCUCUUCCGAGGCCACUCCCGUCGAGUCCUCUGCCGAGCCCUCCCCCACUGAGGCUGCUCCCACCGAGCCUGCUCCCGCCGACCCUCAGCCCACCGAGUCCAACUUCUCCAUGAACGACAUGAAGGUUGGCGAGCCCGUCACUGAGCCCGCCCGCGAGCUUCUCCAGCUGCACAACGACGAGCGUGCCAAGUACGGCGCCUCUGCUCUUGAGUGGGACGACGGCCUUGCGGCGAGCGCGGCCGAGUGGGCCUCGCAGUGUGUCUGGCAGCACUCCGGCCCCGGCGAGAACCUGGCCAUGGGCACCUUCGGCUACUACACCGGCGCGGACAUGUUCAAGAUGUGGACCGACGAGGUGCAGUGGUACAAUUGGGCCGAGCCCGGACCCAACCCCAUCUCGACUGCGCCCAAGGACGCCGCCGUUGGCCACUGGACCCAGAUCGUGUGGAAGAACUCGGCCAAGGUCGGCUGCGCUUACAACCGCUGUGCGGCUGGAAAGCUCACCGGCGACGAGUCGCUCUACAUCGUCUGCCACUUUGACCCGUACGGAAACGUCGUCACUGUCAACUCGGGCGCCGACCCUAGCUACGCCGAGAACGUCGGCAAGGCCUAA